AUGGUCGGAGCGCGGGAGGAACUGCAGCACGGUCAGGCUGAAUGCAGCCGCCGAGAUGCAUUGGCUCAGGAGAGUGACCGCUUUGCAGCACUUUUUGCUGUCUGGAUGCGCGCCGCGACCGAAACAAAUGUCAGAAGAAAAGGAGGCUAUCGCGAAGAAGAAGCACGCCAGAAGGAGGAGCGGCAGAAACAUGCUUUGAAAGCCAAGACGGAGAUGUACCGGACGGAAGCCGAACAACAGGCCGAGAAGAUCCCCAAGGAGGUGGAGAAGCAGCACGGGCGGGAUGUCGGCUUCCGUCAGGAUUUAGUCAGUGAGACCAUCGCGGCGCAGAAGAAGCAGGUCGAUCUGGAGGCGCAGCUGGCCAAAAAACUGUGA